CCUGAUUCGACAGCUACCUGCUAAGAACACAGAUUUACGGUCCUUGUGCAUUGUAGGCUCCGGGACUCUCAGAGCGUGUAUUUUGAUAGUGAACAUCUUGAAAAAAUGUGCCCUCACGAUAUCCAAACGUGCCUCCAAAUUCCUGUUCCUCUGUCGAUGAAAGACCUAGUCCAUGCUCCACCGGUGUGUCUUCCUACCCGCGGAGAUCACGAAGCCAUUGAGAUACUCGAGGAAUUCGGCAAAGCUCUAAUUCAAUCCGAAGACGAAAUCACUCAAGCGCAGAACUUAGCAGCCGGCCUUUCUGACAUAGUGGUUAUAUUGGAACGUCCACUCCACAGAAGAAACCACAAAUUCGACGUUAGUUUCGAAGACUUUGUCAAAAGUUCCAAAACACUGUUAGCAGUCGACGAGCUCAUUCGCUUUGCUACCAAAGGUGCCCGAAGCAUACAGACUGUCACCGUACUAGACGCUUUCUCUUAUCGACCUGAUAAAAAUGCAACAGAGCAAGAUAAACAGUUCAUAUUGAGAUGCCACCGUGACGCAUAUUGCGACGAAUGGCUGAAAGAAAUUGAGCUACCAGAAGAAAAUUAUCAACUAGUGCGCAAGGAAAUCUCUAUUGUCAACGGUCAUCCCACAGUCGUGUUACAAUCAUUUCAUCCAUCAUGCGCCGUGAACAAUGCGGAUUGCAGGCCCGAAUACAGGGCCUUAUUGAUGUACCACUUUGUGGCAGCAUUUUCGGAAUUGACGAACCAGUUUUCCCUUCCGGAAGCAGCAGAAGAAAUAAGAAAGCUAUGUCUUAAAAAAGGUGGAAGAAAAGAGGAGGACAUUGGCAAGUACGAACCAUGGCAAAUUGCGAGCCUCAUCUCACGGGUGUUAGAAAAGCCAUAUGAAGGCCUAAUUGAUGUGCAAUUUGUUGGGUUUGCAGACGAGACCCCAAGCGAAAGUCGCAGCAAACAGGUUCAAGCGUUCCAUGCUUUGUACGGGUCGUUAAAACGGUUGUUUGGGAAUGCUCAUUCCUUUGGUGGUCUUGCUAUCGCAAAAACCGUCUUGUUUCUCUGGAAGCGACAUUUCGAAGAAGACCCAUUAUAUCACCACAUAAUGUCGUGGCUUAUAUUACGCGGCAAUGAGCAAAAGGAUUGGUUCGCCUGUGAGACUUAUCUAGUGUCCGACGAACGCAAUAUAGAAGAGAAAUCAUCGCACCUUCAGUUAUCAACACCAUCUACCAUACGCGAGAUCCUGACAUUUGAAGACGAGCUCCUAAUAUUACUCUAUCAGGCAUCUACGACCCGUAUAAGAGGUGAAUAUCAUGCGGAUGACUGCCGCGCUCGAAUAAUCAAUGCGUAUAAGGAGCACAACGAUCUCGCUCGCAGAUAUUUAGGCGAACUGUCGAUGAGCGAUGUCAACCAUGCAAUGCAUAUCAGGACUUUGUUGAUUUCUUGCGAGGUGUCUUUAUCCACAAUCAGCGACAGGACCUUUAUACCAGGGAAGGAAGUGUACCUCGAUGCCAUGCGCUGCCUCACAGAAUUGGCCAGGGGUAUUGACUCUACUUUGCUAAGAUGA